UACUGUAUGAGCAAAAUUGCUAUUCGACUCGAAGUAGCGGCCGAUGCUGCUUUGCCGCGUUCCCUACCGCAAAGGCAAGUAAACGAGAAGCAAGCAAGCCGCGAAAUUUCAAGAGCAGAGGCGUUACCAGAUGACACACACUCACCGAUUGGCCAGAGACAAAUGAAACGCAUGAGUGUCGAGACAUACACACCAAACGUUGUGGCAUCGUCUGCUGCUGAGGGUCUCGAUGAAGCAAACAGGUUGUCUUUCUUCUCUGGUAAUCCUGCUGUGGAAAUAACGAGAGGCUUUCUACAUGUGUAUAUGAAUGACAACAGUCAGACAAUCGAAGCUGAUUGUAGUCUCCUCUGCAUUCUCGCCAUACCUGCAACCCUCACUUGUCGCGACCUUCUCAAGUUCAUCGCUUCAGCAAGUCCAACCAUCGAUAGCAUUCGUGUAAUUCGAGACUCGACCCCCAACCAGUACAUGGCACUAAUCAACUUCAAAGACAAGACACUAGCUUCAAGCUUUUACUCUGAAGUCAACGGCCGUUCGUAUAAUUCCUUUGAGGACUAUAAAUGCAGUAUGGCAUUGGUAUCUCACGUUGAAGCAGUGAGGACGUCAGACGGAGCAUCACAGUCUGUCGCUGGUUUGACUGAGCUGCCGUCGUGCCCUGUUUGUCUGGAGCGGCUGGACGAUUCAGUUAACACCGUUCUCACAAUCUUGUGUAAUCACUCGUUUCAUAGCAGUUGUCUAGAGAAGUGGAGCGACACAACUUGUCCUGUGUGUCGAUAUUGUCAAUCUCCCGAGCCGGCGGCAGACAACAAAUGUUUCUUGUGUGAUGUUCGAGAGGAUUUAUGGAUUUGUCUGAUAUGUGGCCAUGUGGGUUGUGGCCGUUAUGUCGAAGCUCAUGCAUUCAGGCAUUACGAAGCAACACAGCAUGCGUUUGCAAUGCAACUGGGCAGUCAGCGAGUGUGGAAUUAUUUAGGAGAUAAUUAUGUCCAUCGACUGAUACAGAACAAGAGCGAUGGAAAACUAGUAGAGGUGGAGGGUAAUGUCGGACAAGAAUUGGCAGAUGAAAAGAUUGACUCUCUAACUCUCGAGUAUACUCACAUGUUGACAAGCCAACUGGAUUCCCAGAGACUUUAUUUUGAGGAGAAAAUGGCUCGAAUGGAGAAAGAAGCGUUGGAUCAGGUAACCGCAUUAGAAGACAGAAGUCGAAAGUACAAAGAAGAGAUGGAACGACUUGAGUGUCAACUGCAUGAUGAUGGAAAAUCGAAGCGGAAGCUCGAGAAGAGGAUAGAACAGCUGACAACACGACUGUCAAAGGCAGAAGAAGAAGUAAAAGAAGAGAAAGAGAUGAACAAAUGUUUAAGAGACAACCAACAAGCACUAAAAGAGAAAAUAGAGAGGGAUCACUUCGAAUGGGAGAAGAGACACGAGGACGAGGUCCACGAGCUCUCCGAACAAAUCCGGGAUCUCAUGUUCUAUGUAGAAACACAACAGAAAAUGGAACGAGUCUCGGAUGAACAGAAACAAGAAUUACAAGAUGGACAAAUCGUGGUUGAAUCACCGUCAGAGGGAGGUACAGCAACGGCAUCAACAUCAUCAGGUCACUCAAAGGGACGUAAAUCUAAGAAACGUAAAUAGCUUCGUGAUAGUUCUAAUGCAACAAUGCAU